AUGGCUGUCCGAUUAUACCCGGGGGGUGACGUGAAAGCCAACCUCACAGACAGCGAAAGCCUCAGAACCCCAUCCCUAGUUCGUGGCGAGACCAAGUCGCCAUCAUCACCACCGCCACCCCACCAACAACCACCUGCACCUCCAAGACCGGGUCAUGAUGACUUCCCAGAAGGCGGCGCCCGCGCCUGGCUGACUGUCAGCGGUGCAUCAGCCUGUCUGUUUGUCUCGUUUGGCUGGGUCAACUGCGCUGGUAUUUUCCAGUCGCAUUACCAGGCCAAUCAGCUCAGCAACUACACACCAUCGGAGAUCUCAUGGAUUUCCGCGCUGCAGAUAUUUUUCAUGAUAUUUUCUGGAAUCUGGGUGGGGAGAAUCUUUGACAGCCAUGGCCCAGCGGCUUUGCUUUUUGUGGGGAGUUUUAUGCAUGUGUUUGGGAUGAUGAUGAUCAGUUUGUCGACGACGUAUUAUCAGAUUCUUCUCAGUCAGGCAAUAUGCUCGGCGGUUGGGGCGUCGAUGGUGUUUUUCCCCGCUUUUACUUGUGUCUCGACAUGGUUUCUUAAGAAACGCGGUGCAGCAAUGGGUCUUGUCGUCUGUGGCUCCUCCAUCGGCGGUGUCAUCUUCCCUGUCAUGUUGAUCAACCUCAUCCCCAAAGUCGGAUUCCCCUGGGCAAUCAGAACAUGCGCCUUUCUCGUCCUAGCCCUCCUCAUCUGGGCCAAUUUCACAGUCCGUACGCGCAUCCCACCGGUGAAGCGUCCCUUUGAGUUCACGGCCUUCCUCGCACCUUUGAGAGAGCUGCCAUUUGCUUUAUUGACUGCCGGAAUUUUCUUCUUUUAUUGGGGCAUGUUUGUCCCGUUCACCUUCAUUGUUGUUGAAGCACUUGCGGGUGGCAUGUCAGAAAAUCUCGCCAACUAUCUUGUGCCCAUUUUGAAUGGUGCUAGCAUCAUCGGCCGAACAAUACCCAACGCCAUGGCGGACAAGCUUGGCCAUUUCAACGUCAUGAUUGUCAUGGCGGCCUUCACCAGCAUUCUCAUCCUCGCUGUAUGGUUACCCUCCUCAGGCGACGCGGCCAUCAUCACGUUUGCCGUGCUGUUUGGCAUCGGUUCAGGUGCUGGCAUUGGUCUUACUCCCGUGUUGAUUGCUUCCAUAUCCCCCAUCCAACAGAUCGGUGCCCGCACCGGCACAGCUUUCAGCAUUGCUUCGAUUGCGGCGUUGACUGGGUCGCCAAUCGGUGGUGCUAUCCUGACAUCUGCAAACGGCGCGUUUCAAAGCACAAAGAUUUUCGGUGGUGUUGCCUGUGCCGUGGGUACUUUGCUGUUUAUUGCUGCACGGGUUGCUUUGGUGGGCGUAAAGCCCAAGAAGUUCUAA